ACUGCUCAGCCUGUCAGACAACGCUCCGGGCUUGGUUCACCCGCAGUAACGCGGGAGAUUUCUGCCUCGCUCCGUGGGUUCUGCGUGCUGCAAUCCACGGAAGUCUUCCUGUACACCUCAUCAUGGAAGGAAAGGCGAUGCCGGACCUGUUAAAUGGAGGCACCACGCGCAAAAGGGAGGACUACCUGGAGUGGCCGGAGUACUUCAUGGCUGUGGCCUUUCUGUCAGCACAGAGGAGCAAAGACCCCAGCUCUCAGGUGGGUGCAUGCAUAGUGAACCAGGAGAACAAGAUUGUCGGCAUCGGCUACAACGGCAUGCCUAAUGGCUGCAACGACGACCUGUUGCCAUGGUCGCGCUCCGCUGAUGAUCGGCUCAACACCAAAUACCCGUACGUGUGUCAUGCAGAGCUGAACGCCAUCAUGAACAAGAACAGCGCCGAUGUCAAAGGAUGCACCAUGUAUGUGGCUCUGUUCCCCUGCAAUGAGUGCGCCAAGCUGAUCAUCCAGGCAGGUCUGAAGGAGGUGGUGUAUCUCUCUGACAAGUACCACGACACGCCGGAGAUGGUGGCUUCCAGGCGGCUGCUCGACAUGGCGGGAGUUCAGUACAGGCAGUUCAAACCCAAGAGGUCUGAGAUCGUGAUAGAUUUUAACUCCAUUAACCACAGAGGGAGCGCCGGAGCGGCGAGGACCCAGCAGGACGGCGCGUCCACGCUGGACGCCUGAACACGUCACCGCUGGCUGUGGCACCGUUUCAUCUGGGUCUGAGCUCUGGGGUCGCUGCUAGGUCGGGUCCUUUCAAACUUUUCACUCUGGGACUUUUUCCCUGGAUGUCUCUGUGAAUGAGGCUCCCGCUCUGCAGAGGCAGAAACUUUAUCAAACUUUUAUUCUUGGUCCACAGUCAGUGUUUUUAUCGGUUGUAAAUAAGCUGAGUAUUCUUGUUACUGUGGGGGGGCAAUGUUACUUUGGUCAAACGGCUCCACUCUGCUGAAUCUGUGCUUUUAUGAAUGAUGCUUAAAGCAGAUGUGCUGGAUGUCAGCCAUUACUGCCUCUGUAAUAAAAGUGGGAUGAAAGAA